AUGCAGGCCGUCCUCAGGCUCACAGCACAAGCUGCACUGGCCGCCAGGCGUCCCUCUGGGCACGCAGCCUCAAAUUCGAAGCCGCGUGGACUAUGGAAAUCCGUGGUGCUGCACCGAAGGCCUGCGCAAAAAGCACAUGAGAACACUGGAAAAAACCCGCUGGGCCCAAGGCUGGGCGGCAGGCGCGCGGCCAGCGCCCUGCAGGCGGGCCGCUGGACGCAGACCCCGCCCCCGCCUGCCCAAAGCCAGGGCCCCGCCCCCCUGAUGCAGCCCGCGCCCAUCAGCGUUCCCAGACCUCCGACGAACUGA